AUGGAGGAUGUGAAAGGUUUUGACAAUAUCACAAAGUCAACAAUGUAUCUUCUGCCGGAGUGGUUAUCACAAUUAACAGAGGACAAGGAUGAAAGUAAUAACGAUGAGGAACUCCUAGUGAAGCUUUUAGAAAAUGAUGGCAGACGCGCAAUAUGGAACAUGUGUUCAACGCUCGGUGUGGACAGUAACGGUGUACCUGGUGAGGCGUGUCGGCUCGUCGAGCGCUACCUCGCUGUGCAGAUGCGCAAUUUCCUAAGCAUGCCAACUGGCAGCGGUGAAUGGGAGGCAUUCAAGCGAUCGCUGACGUCUCGACUGCCACUUACUAUGAUAUCAUGCAUCCAGCUGGCCUCAAAGAUGAACGGGGCAACUUUCCACGUCAAAGCAAAGGUGGUGAGGGCCUGUCUUCUAUGCAAGGGGAUAACUUUCUCCAUCGUUGAUAUUGUCCAGUCAGAAUUCAACGUUUUCAGAGUUCUGGGAUAUCGUCUCUCAUUAUGGACGAGUGUAGAAAUAGGGGAAGCGCUUGCGUUGGACGUCGGUAUGCCGCAGGAGAUGUUGGAAGGUGUUGCCCUUUUCAUUAACAUUUCGGAGUAUCGUCGGGACCGGCUGCUCAAACGUGUGCGCUGGGCGGCCAACCUCACAUCUCGUAGCGAGGGAUUCAAUCGGACAAUACUGCGCACGCUGCAUCUAGCGGCAGCGUGCGUUGCAGCAGCGGCGCGUUACUUAAACUUCAAGGGGCCGGACCCUUUGCCGCAACUGGCCAAGUUAACACGUGCACCUGUCUGCUACUUGCGCGGCAUAUGCGACAUCAUUCUCGCCAGUACACUUAAUGAUGACAUCAUUAACAGUACAUCUCCAAGGAAGAGAAAGCGGGAUUCUUAG